AACAAAUAUUUACGCGAGGGACAACACCAAAGCCAACAGAAACAGAAAAUGGCUAUUCCAUUAUCCUCUGUUAGCCACACGACUUCCAUACUCUGUCACCGGAGCGUCGUCCACACGCGCCGUCCCCUCUCCUCGUUAUUCUUUCAGUUGCCACACAAUAAUAAUCCGGUCUACAUCCUUACACACUCAUCAAUCACAUAUUCCUCGAAUCUCUCACCGGUUGCAGCGAUACCGUUCGAUCUCUCACCGCCUCCGAUUGACCAUGACCUUUAUGAUGACAUGGCUGUUGCCGGGGCAAAGGUAUCCGAAGAUUGGGUUAUUGAAACUUUCAACAACGAUGAGGAGGCACUAGAUGCGGUUGACAGUGGCACUGUGGUUGUUGAUCUUUCCCAUUAUGGUAGGAUAAGAGUCAGUGGAGAAGAUCGUAUUAAAUUUCUUCACAACCAAAGUACUGCAAACUUCGAAGCACUUUCUGAAGGAGGGGGAUGUGACACCGUUUUCGUAACUCCAACUGCUCGAACAAUUGAUCUUGCACAAGCAUGGAUCAUGAAAACAGCAGUUACACUUGUUGUGUCACCAGCAACAAGUAAAAGCAUCAGUGAAAUGCUCAAUAAGUACAUAUUUUUUGGUGACAACGUAGAAAUUCAAGAUAUCAGUGACAAGACAUGCUUGUUUGCACUUGCUGGACCAAAAAGUAACCAAGUAAUGAUGGACCUGAAUCUUGGUGACCUUAUUGGACAACCUUAUGGCUCACAUAAGCAUUACAAUGUUGGUGGUAAUCCGGUUACAGUGGCGGUCGGAAGUGUGAUAUCCGAAGAAGGUUUCUCACUGUUAAUGUCACCGUCAGCUGCAGGAUUGAUUUGGAAAACGAUUUUGAGUCACGGUGCAACGCCGAUGGGUUCUAAUGCAUUGGAAAUAUAUAGAAUUCGCCAAGGACGUCCCGCACCAGGUAGUGAGCUUACAGACGAGUUUAACGUUCUCGAGGCUGGUCUUUGGAAUUCAAUUUCCUUAAACAAAGGUUGUUACAAAGGACAAGAAACCGUUGCCAGAUUAAUCACAUACGAUGGCAUUAAGCAGAAGUUGUGGGGCAUUCAACUUUUAUCCCCGGUGGAACCCGGUAGUUCAAUUACAGUUGAAGGAAAAAAGGUAGGAAAGUUGACGAGUUACACGGCUGGAAAAGGGGGAAAUGAGCAUUUUGGUUUAGGUUAUAUCAAGAAGAAUGCCGCUUCAAAAGGGGAUACAGUUAUCGUUGGAGACAAUGUAUCUGGGAUAGUGGUGGAUGUUCCUUAUCUUGCACGACAGCAGCCCUCCUCGGUUUCGAGUUCAAAACCAUAGUUUCUUCCAUUAGUAAACUCCCAAUAUUGUUUUGGUGUUCACUUAUGGUUUUGAGGACAGGCUCAUAGUACAAGGUGUCGGUUUUUGUUGUGUUUCUUUUAUUUAUAGGUUUUUAUUAUUCUUAGGUGUUCUAUUAUCGAACAAUAUUUAGUAAAUUUACUGUUGUACAAAUCAGCUCCUUUUGGUGGAGCUUUUAGUUGUCGCAAAUGAUUAUUUCUGGUCUACUAUAACUUGAAAUGUGAUGUAAGGUAUCGAUAAAUACCACGAGUUUAUGCAUGCGGCUAAAGGGUCUAUGGUUUUA